AUGGACGAGUUACGCUUCCGGUCCCAGCAGUCUCCGAGAAACGAGUCGCCGAUGAAUCCCUUUGUGUCUCCUCCUCGCAAUGGCACUCGCAUCACACAGACGGUCGCCUCCCACGACCUUCGAUCCGCUCUGCCUCGUCGAUUCACCACCGACUCGGGUCGUGUACCAACAUUGUCGUCUUUCACAACUCAGAGGGUUCCGGAACCCCAAGAGUUGCCGACCGCUACGACUUUCAACAGAGUUCAACUGCUUGAGAAGAAGAGAAUGGAAUACGAGAAGCUGCGGGAGCAGAGGCGCCGUUUCGAGGCCGAGAUGCAGAAACUGGAUCAGCAGCAACGACGAGAGGAACAGGAGCUCGCUGCUAUGGAGGAGACCUUUGUACGAAUCGGCCCCAACGGCUUCUCGGGGCAUCAGUCGGAGCCCACAACGCCCCCCGAGUACCGUGAGACGUCUUCGGGCUUCCCCUCGAUGUUCUCUCGGCCCAAUCGGUAUUCUAUGUCGAGCCUGACAUCGCCGCCUGGCCUGUAUAAUCGACCGGCCCGCUCUGGCUCGCAGCUGGCCUCCCCGCAGUCAGGCAUCAUGCCCCAGUCGCAAUCACGCUUCACCUAUGAUGACCAGCUGCCCUCAAGAUCAGUCCCUGGGACAAGAAGAAACAGCGAUGAGGAUGAGAAGGAGCAGGCUGUCCGGCAGGACCCUACCAGUCAUCGAUCUACCAAUGCCCUCAAUCGCUACUCGAUGCCAGUGACUCGGUCGAGGACCGGCUUUUACGACGUCAAUCUCGACCAAACCAACACUACCCGGUUUUUGUUCGGCGACGAAGACGCAACCCACGACGUCAAGUACCAUCAGACCGCAAAGAUGGACGACAACUUCCCAACACUGACGCGACGAGAAGAUCAGCCCAACAUGUUGUCUGCAUCUUCUGCUGCGUUAGACCUUGCUUUAUCGCAAUCUCCUGCUCCCGACGGCACGUCACCUAGUGGUUGGGGCACUGUUAACCGCCACCGCACUCAGCAGAGUCUUUCCGCGCUUGGCACCGCUCAGAUGAACGGCACCACAGCUGCCUCGACUGCUCAGAGCAGCUCGAGCGAAGUCGCGAGUCUUGGCGGUCGUCCUUCGUCCGUGCGUCACUCCAUGGACUUGAACUUUUUCGCCGAAAACUCAGCUGAUUCGCCCACCAAGAUGAUGCAACCCCAGGCCAAUUCGGUUCACUCGACUCCCCCCAAGUUGCAGAGCUCGUUCUCUUCCAACGACGUGCCUACUGUUAAGAACACCUCUGGCACUGGCGUCUCUGCCUCGAAUGCGAACAAUCAUGCCCAGCAGUACCUGCACAACCACAACGCCAGCAUGGGCCGCAUUCCUCCUGGUGCUAUGCCCAACCGCCAUAGCCGCGAACUUUCGACUGACAACAAUGUUGCUGUCACUCGCGACCCCAACACUGGCUACGCCUCUAUUGGCUCCGCCCUCCAUGCCAACGCCCCUCCGUUCAAUCAUGCUGCUAUGCAAGGACAGUCCUUGGGCCCUAACAACGGAGUCACCUCGACGGUCCCGAACAACAACUAUGGUGCCUACUACAACGGCGGCGGCGGCAACUUCGCUCCGAACGGCAAUGGACCAAGCCCUUAUCCCAACAACAUUCCUCUGCUGUCGGCUCAGCUCCAGGGAAUGUCUGUGUCCGGCGGUUCCAUGUAUUCGCAGCAGAACUUCACAGGCUACGGAUCGAUGUACGGGACUCCCAACCAGACACGCGAUAGCCAGGCUCGUGUCAUUCAAGCUCGUCGACAGGUUGACAAUGAGGCCAUGAACCGCUACAACAACGUGCCCCUCGAGUCUGUGGGUGGCACUAUCUAUGAGCUUUGCAAAGAUCAGCAUGGUUGCCGUUAUCUCCAGAAGCAGCUGGAGAACCGCAUCCCGGAUCACGUCCACAUGAUCUGGCUGGAGACCAACCAGCAUGUUGUCGAGCUCAUGACCGACCCCUUUGGCAAUUAUCUUUGCCAGAAGCUUCUCGAAUACUGCAAUGAUGAUGAGCGCACAGUCCUAAUUCAGAACGCUGCUCAGGACAUGGUUCGCAUUGCACUGAACCAGCACGGCACACGCGCUCUCCAGAAGAUGAUCGAGUUUGUGUCUACUGAGGCGCAAGUUCAGAUUAUCAUCGAGGCUCUUCGCCACCGCGUCGUUGAGCUCAUCCAGGAUCUGAAUGGCAACCAUGUCAUCCAAAAGUGUCUGAACAAGCUGAGCGCUGCCGACGCUCAGUUCAUCUUCGACGCUGUCGGAGAUGCCUGCGUUGAAGUCGGUACACACCGCCAUGGCUGCUGUGUUCUUCAGCGCUGCAUUGACCACGCAUCUGGCGACCAGAAGGUCUGGCUGAUCGGCCGGAUUACCAGUCACGCUGUCACUUUGAUCCAGGAUCCCUUCGGAAACUACGUUGUUCAAUACAUCAUCGAUCUGAAUGAACCCAGCUUCACUGAGCCUCUUGUCGGUCAGCUGAGCGGUCGUAUCGGCCAGCUGUCCCGCCACAAGUUCAGCUCCAACGUCGUGGAGAAGUGCCUCCGUUGCGCCCUCGACCCUUCCAAGGACAUGAUUGUGGAUGAGUUGCUGGCACCCGGCGAGAUGGAGCGACUUCUGCGCGACUCCUUUGCGAACUAUGUCAUCCAGACGGCCCUCGAGUACGCUACCUUCUACAAGAAGCAGCAGCUUGUCGAUGUCAUUCGUCCCAUCCUCCCGACAAUUCGAUCUACUCCCUAUGGUCGGCGUAUCCAGGCCAAGAUCCAGGCCUUUGACAACCGUAGCGGCCAGUCGAGUGGCCAGAUCACUCCUGCGGACAGCACUCAGGGACAGAUUCCUCUGCGCCCAAGCCACAAUCGUGCCAUGUCUAGCAACACCUCCGUCCUCGUCUCGGGAGGUUACAGCAAUGGCACAAACGGCAUCUCUCCCCGUGGCACUCAAGCUACUUACCCCUCCAGCGCUACACUGACUGUCCCUCCGCCGGCGCCUGCACCUGCGCCGCAGCCCUCUGCUCGUCACGGCCCGAUGCAGCAGUAUGCUGGCCCCCAGUUCGGUCAACCUGGCCUUCCGCAAGUCGGUGCCCCCGCCCCGGGCAUCUCUGGCGCCCCUGGCAUCCCUGGCAUGCAAACCACCCCUGUCGGUCUGGGUGCUCCUGGUGCUCCUGGCGUCCCUGGUGGUGUUCCUGGCGUCCCUGGUGGUGUUCCUGGCGUCCCUGGAGGUGCCAAUGUCCCCGGUUCUGGCCAUGUUGCUCCCAACGGUGCUGUUCCGAGCGACAACGCAGACAACACCUGGGUCUAG